ACUGAUUGUAGAACCUAAGGUAAAAGUGCUAGAAAAGGCAUGCUGUGGGUGAACCGUAGGUGGAGCACGGGUGGAGCGAAGCUGCACGAAGUUCGCGAAUAAUUUGUAUAAAUCGUAUCGGAAAAAAAUUAGAUAAUUGCGGAAUCGUUAUAAAAGUUUGUAAUCGCAAGUAAAAAAAUUGUCAGUUUAUUAGUUUAUUUAUAAAAAAUCAAAAACUUUUUACGCCGCGAGAAAGUAGAAAAAUACGUUUUUCUUGUAAGAUAUUGAUCUGAGAACAUUGAAACCACUGCGAAUCGUUUGUAAAUUAAUUACCGAUUCUGUAAAUAUUGCCUUUAUUGCGUUAUUCGCUAUAGAUACUGAUUAAUAAAUUAAUUAUUUUUUCGUCAACUAUGCUACACCAAUUCGGGCGGUUCGUGUACCAUAUUCCGUUCGAUGAUUCGAAUCAGCUGUUCCUAUAUCGUUACGCACGUGUACUGCAGUGACUAUAUAAUAUACGACAACAACGAUAAGUCGGUUUGUGCAAGUGCAUCGCGGAUUCAGAAGUGUGUACAGUGCAGCGAUGGUCUCCUGGUGCAACGGCCUCUUCAGGGAUAAUCUUCAAUAACACCAAUCAGUCUACGUGCCAUUAGAUCAUACUUGGAUAGAAGAGCUUACCGUUGUAGCUACUACUGUUAUAACUACAGGAACUUCGUGCAGCUGAGCGCCACCGCUCCAGUCAGUCCCGCUCUGACCACUCGACCGAACACACAUCUGGAGAGACGCAAGAGAGCAGCCAAUAAAGAACUCAACCACAACUCCUGCCUUUUCUCUGUUCACCCCGACCACGUCAUCCCGACAUUGGUGACCCCGACUGCAACAUCACCAGGAGCAGCGAAUGACGCAGCUCCACGGCUCUCCAGCAGCGGACAACGACGCCUCUCAGCGCGUCUCGGCGGACAGCAACGGGUCGACGCGACCACCGCCAUCUUUCCUUUGUGUUCGUGCUGGCACGCCGGCGAACACAAAGACAUCACCAUCGCCACACAUCUUCCUCACAUCCUCCCCACGAGGAAAUGUGAGACGAUUCGAGAAGGAAAAGUUCUCCUUUCUCGUGACUUUCCAAACGCGUGCAGGCACGCCGGCGCGUUUUGGAAAAAGCAACGCUUUGUUGCGCAACGUGGAAGCCCUCGCCGCGGGAUUUUGGACUUUUGCGCGAAGCCAACGCCACCGGCGCCUUAUUGCAUCAUUCGCAGCAAUCAUCAAGCCUCAAAAAAAGGAUUUAGCGUGAAGCAACCGACACCGGCGCGUUUCAUCAGAACCACAUCGGUCAGUUCCGCACUUAUUACCGAUGAGUAAGGUGCGGCGGAAUGCCGCUAGCCUAAACAUCUUGGCGGAGUGUAGAAGGAAUUGUAAGAAUGAAACAGAAGAGUCAAAGAUAGCGAAAUGUAAACAGCGAUAAGGGUAGAGACAAAGGCCUUAUUGAAAGCUUGACGCGUCUCAUAAGGGAGAACAAGAGCGGACCUCAGUCCGGGUCCGACCGCGUUGGCGAUCGCAAGAUUCGCGUUUCAUCGUUGAUGAUCGUUGGCCAUUGUCACUUUUUUUGUUGUUGCAAGAGUGCUUCUACUUUAGUCUCUUGAAACAAACUAGUCAACUAUGAUGAGAGAAAUCAGCUGAAUACACGUCCAGAUUCGUCGGCUGUAUGCAAGGGCGAAACCCAGGUACUGCAUUGCGUCGAGUUCGACAGAAACGGAAAAGGGACCGAAAAAGAUACGUCGCUGAACCUCCAAUUCACAAAGAACAAGACUGAAUGGUUAGCGAAUCACAUCUUUCCGCGUAAAAAAUAAGGAUGGCGGUUGCAGCUGCUGCGGCGUCGACAAAGGACGUCGAACAUUUGGACAUUUGGGUGUUCGAACGCGUUUUCUACGAGAAUCAUCCCGGCUGGAAGCGUUUCGACGAUUGCGCGGGUCACCUGGCAAACUACGCCAUAGUCGAAGAUGAUUUGGAGAGUCUGCGCGACGCGACUUUGCCGAAGGAUAUCGAGGGUCUGUGUAUCGAUUUAUCCUGCUAUACGUAUCGCAAAGAAGACAACGAUCCGAAAGUGGAGAAUUUCGAAAAAUUGAAGUUUCUAAACGUAUUGGAAGCCAGCUUGAUAAGCCUCGAUUGCAUCCGCGGACUUCCGGAGUUGCGAGUGCUCGUCUGCAACGGCUUCGCGCUUCAGGCUCUCUCGAGGCUUCGCGACGACGAGCUCGCGACUAGCAUCGCCUCCUUGCCAAAACUACGCUGUAUCGUCACUUACGAUUACGAGCUCUUCCCCGACUCGCUCUUGCUCCCUCACGUUUUUCCGGUGUCUUUGCGCAGCCUAGCCUUGAUGAGAGCGUGCAAUUACGACUACUCGUUUCUCCUGCACUUGCCGAAUUUGGAAAAUUUGCACUUGGAUCUGAGCAACUGCGAGAAUCACAACGUCCUCGACACGCUGCGUCGAUUACCGUACAAUAGUAAGUUGCUGCGUUUCGGCACGAUCGAUCAAGAAUUACUGCGAAACGUUCAAGCCGACAAGUUGUACUCCACCGCUCAAAACCUGCUCGACGGCUGGCCCAACCUUCGACAAUUGAGCGUCGACUUGCCCGGUUUCGGCGUCACGAAACAAAAGGCCCUGCGUUUUCCGAGGACUAUUCAAGUGCUUAAGUUAACAAACUGUGGUCCUUUUAAGCUCAAGGCUCUGCUACUAGAUUACAAGCAGCUCAAAUUUCUAGCGGUUUUCACCGAUCGCGUCAACUCGAAGGACCUUAAGAUUCUUCGCCACUGCUAUCGCACGAAAACAAUGUUCAUGGGCAACUUUAAGGUCUAUUUACGCGAAAAGUUCUCUACAACAAGCAAGUAUCACUUUAUACUGAGCAAAAGUAGUACGGAAGACGGUAGUACAUCGUAUUUUAAUUACGUUUACGAAAAUUUCUAUAAUUGAAAAAAUUCAAGUUUGAAACAUCGAAAAAAGAAUGGAGAAAUUUGUGGAAAUAUAAAUAGAUUUUAAUUCAUAAUUUACUAAUAUAUUUUUGAAAUGCAUCGAAACAUAUUUUGUUGUACCUUUAUAGUAAUAUUGAUUAGAAUUUUAAUAUUUAAAACAACAAUUGACUUGAUUGUUAAUUUUACGUAUUGUGAGAAGAGCGUUUAAGAGAAUACAAAAUAAACCAGUUAAUUAAUAUAAAUAAUAAUUAAUAGCAAUAAGAGCCUUA